AUGGACAUCUGCAAUGAUGUUGAUAAGCUGUUAGAACAGGAUCCCUACCUGGAUGAUGAGAAGAAGGAAGCAUUGGCCCUCGUGCUGAUAGCUCUGGCCGUGAAUAAGGCUAAAGCCAAGGGUAGGUAUCGUGCCAGAAAGAGGAAGGCAAAGACAGAGUGGGUACGUGAGUGGCUCCUACAACGGCAACACCAUGGCUGGUAUGAGAAGCUGAUGACACAUCUGGAAGAAGGGGAUUUGAGGUCCUUUAGGAAUUUCCUGCGAGUGGAUCCAGAUAUGUUCAGGAAGUUGGUGGCUCGACUUACGCCCAAGAUCAAAAGACAAGACACUAACUUCAGGUUGGCCCUGCCCCCUGGUUUGAAAGUUGCCAUCACUCUGAGGUUCCUUGCUACAGGAAACUCCUACAAGAGCCUUUCGUAUGGCUUCCGCGUGGCUCCAAACACAAUUGUUAGCAUCGUACCAGAGGUGUGCCAAGCAAUCUAUGCCGAGUUUCACGAGGAAGCCAUCAAGUGUCCAUCUUCACCUGAAGAGUGGAAGGAAGUGGCGAAGGGUUUUUCAGAGAAGUGGAACUUUCAUCACGUGUGUGGUGCGCUGGACGGAAAACAUGUCAGAAUUCUCGCUCCUCCUGGCUCAGGCAGUGUGUAUUACAAUUACAAAGGCUUCUUUUCCAUAAUCAUGCUUGCGUUGGUAGAUGCUGACUAUAAGUUCAUGUAUCUCAACGUGGAGACUCCUGCAGCUGACUCAGACUCUGGCAUCUUCAGGGACUGCAAUUUGUUCAAGGCACUCGAUGAAGAUCAAGCCAACCUGCCACCUGCAGAACCCUUUCCUGGUGGAGAUCAAGAUGUCCCGUACUUUUUGGUGGGUGACGAUGCGAUGUUGGCAUCGAGAGUUUCCUCGACAGCAACAGCUGCUUCAAAAACUUGUUCCUUUUUCUUGCGACUUCCACUUGCCUUGGGUGGCAUGCUGGAAGGAGUGGUGGCAGCAACAAUUACAAAAUAG